UCUUGUAUCGUCGUCUUUACAAAUUGUUGAUUUUUCAAAUCCAUACAUUUUCACGACAUUUUGUUCAUCAUCAACAUGAAGACAGUUCUACAUUUAGCUCUUAACCCAAAUUCUAAAAGACUCACUCAGCUUCUGGGUCAUGUUUUUUUUAUUUCUUACUCCGUGGAAAUCCCAAACGAAUGAUGCACAGAAGGUGUUCGACACAAUUCCCCAAUGCCCAAAAUUGGGUCUCUCUGUCUGUUUUUAUGAAGCCUUAUGUGUUCACGUGGCUCCCACGUGAUAAAGAGCCCGCCUCUUCGUGAACCUUGCGGUUUAUAUACGGUUGUUAUUGUUCCCGCCUCUACUCUCUCACACAAAUCUCUCUGAAACGUUAAAGAAGAGAAAAAAACGAAACUUUAGAGACCAAGAAAACGCAAAACGUUAUUACUAUGGAGUCGUCUUUCAUGAAGGAUGCUAAGGCGGCAGGACUCUACAAAGAGGCUGAAGGUCUCAUAGCUGAAGGAAACCACAUCAAGGCCUUGGAGAUACUUGAAGAUGUGCUUUCACUCCAUUGGCAAGCCAAUGACGCAUGGCUUCUACAUAUCGACCAAGGUAAGGUAUUCAUAGAACUAGCUGAGAAAGCAGAGGAUAAUGACACGGAAAUCGCAUACUUGUUGGGUUGUGUAGCAUGCUAUUCGCAACAUGUGGAGACAUCAGGAUCGUGUGCACAGUUUCUCAACUUCUUGGCCCAAGAUCUUGGGUCAGUGAUGUAUUACAAGAAAUGCGUUGUCAAAGCAAGAGAGGCUUUAUCUCAACGUAUCCCAGACAACCUGAGUUCAGUUGCUUCUGUGGGAUUCCAAAAUUUAGUAAUCGUAAACCGGAAAGAACUGGAGUGUUUAAUCUCUGAUGUUGAGUUAAAGAUUGCUGCUUCCAAGACUUCUCCUUUAACUCCUGUGACAAAAGUUCGGGAAUCAAAGAUAAGUACAGAGCCGUCUGAGGAUAAGUUUAAGGGGUUGAGGUCGUAUUGGCUGGGAUUGGAUGUUAAGAUCAAAAGGGACUUUCUGAAAGUAAACGUUGCAAAGCUUACAAGUUUUGUCGAGGGAGUACAUAAAAAAAAGGGACUAGUUGCUCUUAAUCAAAUUAUCGCUUCUUCCAGGAAAGACUGUAAAUGGACUUUCUGGAUGUGUAGAGCUUUAUGUUCCGAGAAGUUCUCUAGUGCUGAAGACUGUAAGAAUCAUUUUGAACAAGAACAUGCUGCUGAUUUUAAACUGUCUUCAGAAAACGAUAUGGUCAAGAGGAUAGGAAAGGAGUGGACUCGUAAGAUAUCAGUUGGAAGUUGGAAACCAGUGGAUGCACUAGCUGCAGUUGAAAUGAUCAAGAAUCAGCUCGAAGAUGUGAAAGCGUUUGCAUCUAAAUCGAAGAGUGGAUGGUCUGAAGAAUGGCCUUUAGCUGCGGAUGAAGAGCGCGGUAAGUUACUCAAGGAAAUCAAAUUGCUCCUUGUGUCGCUUUGUGAACAGAAAGUUCUCUCAUGUAGCAUUCGAGACUGGUUGAUGCUUUUUCCAGCUACAUAUCUUAGAAAACUUGAAGUUUCAGGACCGGAUAUUGCCGAUUCUCACCUAGCUGAAACACCUCAGAGUAUCUGUUUUCUGGAAUGUCAUGAACUCAAUACAAUCCUAGACUUUCUAAAAACCAUCAAGCGUAAAAGGAAUGAUGGUACAGAUGUGGUUUGCAGAGCAGUCGACAGUGUCUUAAGUCGUAGUCGAGUCAAAGAAAAGAUCGACUUUAACUCUGAGUUUUCGUAUCUUCUUCUGGAUAGAAGGCUGCUAAAAAAGAACGAUGCUCCAUUUGAUGAUGAAGGAACAAUCAACGUUUAUAAUCCAAGUGUUUACUACGCCAAGGCACAUGCUCAUGGAGAUGAUAUCAUAUCCUGGUUAACUGACUACAAUUCAGUGGAUAAGACCUUUCCCAAACCUAUCAAGGAACACAAUUUUAGUAUCUGGCUGGUUGUUUUGAAAGCUGUUCAGUUCACAUGUAGGACUCUGGGGGCCAAAUAUGCAAAGAAAGUGCAGUUCUUGAUUUUUGAUACAGCUCUUAAUGUUGUUGAGAAAUUUUGUACGAUUGAAGAUGAAAGGAGAAGGAAUCUGCCGGAAGACCAGUGGAGCUUAUAUUCAUCUCUUGUAUGUGAUUGUUGUGACGGGAGAUUUCCUGAAGAUUCCCUCCCUACAAAAUUGUUGUUCUUGUGUGCAAUACGAGAUGUCCUGGAAGGAGCAUUGCAUCCGACGUUUGAUUCCCCUGAUAUAGAAGAUUGCUUGAAUCUUAUACGUGAGCGUAAAACUCUCAGUGACAAUAAAGUGUUGGAGUCCACAGGCCUUCUCAAAUCAGUGGUCACCCAAAAGAUUCUUCUAAGUGAAUCAAAAAUUCUGCUGAUUGAUAAUGCAAGGAUUAGUUUGCUAAACAGCCUCACAAGGCUUUCUGCUUUUGACAACCGCACUUAUAUCCUUCAACUCCUGAAACCUUUCUUGCUGAGUGAAAUUGUAACUAUGGAAUCCAAAGCGAAAUCAGAUGCAGCAGAGGCAGAACUUUUACUCGAGGAGGAGAAGAAGCCACAAUCAAUGAAGAAGAAUAGAAGCAAUAAGAAAACAUCAACGAGCAAGUCUAGACCACGUGAUAAGACCGUUGAGCAUAAACCUUCUGUCAACCUUGAACAUGAGAGUACAUCUUCACCACUAAAAACGGUGGAAGAAGAUUCUAUGGAACCAGAAGAUGCUCUAGCAAAUGAAAUUCAAGAGGAAGAGCAUCACCAGCUAGAAGAGAAUUAUUCUGUGCAAAAUAAUGAUGACCCUGAUUCACUGUUGGAACAUUUAGAGCCAGCAACUGCAGAAGCUACAACCAGAUACAAUUCAGCUUUUGACGUGACGCUAAAGGCCAUCUUGAACAUUAAGAUUUUCAAAGAAGAUUUGAUGCGCAAUAGGCAACCAUUUCAUGACCACCUGGAAGAACAAGUUCCUCCUGCGCUACAAAAAUUCUUUGACGCUUUUGUGUCAGAGGUGAUAAAAAAUGAUGAGGGAAUCUACAGUGGCCUGUUGAGCGACUUACUUGCUUACCUAGAAGAGGUUCAUUACAUGUCAAGUAAAGCUGCUGAGGUACUUGUAGCCAUCCUUGAGUUUUGGCAUUGCUGGAAAAAUCCAGACAGAGAAAGCUUGGUAACUCGCCUUUUCACGUUGGAGGAAAAUGAAAAAAUGAGUUGUACCAGAUGCAGAAGGAAGUCAAAUUAUCCACAGCAACGUUCUUAUGGCAUUGUUAUGGCUGCAGAUUCAGUCAGAGACCUGAAGUGUUCUCUUGGGAAUAUGGAGUUUGUGGAUAUCAUUAAGGUGAUCCGCAUGGAAUUUAAAAUGUUCUGUGACAUUAAAACAGGAGGAUGUGGAAAGACAAACUUUGUUCAUCACAUUAUAAGUAGAUGCCCACCUAUCUUCAUAAUCGUGUUAGAAUGGGAGAAAAGUGAAACAGAGAAAGACAUAUUUGAAACAACAAAGGCUUUGGAGUGGGAGAUAAACAUCAGCAGGCUAUACGAAGGCUUAGAACCAAGCACUAAGUACCGGCUUGUGUCAAUGGUUGGUAAUGGUGAAGAAGAAGAAGAGCACAUUUGCAUAGUAUAUGAAAAGAACCGGUGGGUCAAUCUCAGACACGCUGCUUUCGAAGGAGAGGUUGUUGGUAACUGGAAGAGUGUGGCUAAAUACUGUGGAGAAAGGAGGGUCCGGCCAGAGAUUCUAUUUUAUGAAGCUGUCCCAUCAAUGGUCUAACAAGUUUGUAUCAAAUUUAGAAAACCAAACAUUGAUGUAUCCCAAAAUCAUCAGAAGUUGUAUAGUACUCUCUUUUACUUGAGGUU